UCUUCAAAGCCCAGAGACAGACUCUGAGUUACACAGCAAGUGCAGAGCAGCUCACAGUCCGGUAAAACACGCUGGGCAAACAGCAUUUCUUCAGCAACCCUCUUCAUCGAGGCGCGAGCCUGCCGAAAAACCCUCGACAUGUGACCGCUCCCGAUCAUCGUUAUGUACUUUCAUUUUUAUCUUUCUUUUUUAAUUUGAUUUUCUUCGUCAUUAAGGCUCAAAACAGGACUUGUAAUCAAGCGCUGCGCAGUCGUCCUGUGGAUUUGCCAGGAAUAAUUCAUCCUCAUUUUCCAAUGCUUUCUUGUUUCUCGUAACGAAUCUUACAGGCUAAGUAAGGACAGACUGGAAAGGAGCGAGUGAAUAAACAAGUGGAUGAAAACAUCGUACUGACCUCCAGCAAUAACCAGACGAGAAUACAUGGUUUAAACAACAGCAGCCUGUAUUAUUCGCCAUUGGAGAAGCAUUGAAACGGAUUUUACCGCGUUGGGAAUCGAGUCUGUUCAUCUCCGCCGCUGUGAAACGGUCUUAGAGGCAGCCCCUUAACUAUGGGAUUUCAAAACUACUGAGGGCACUUUCACAAAAGGAGGGGAAAGAGGCGUAAUCGAGAACAAAAGGAGAGGAUUGAGAUUUUGAAAAGAGGAUCAGUUCUUUCGGACUCUGUGGGGUGCAUGCUGCCCCCUCAACUGGACGUCCUCUUUUGUGCGAGAGAAAAUAAAAGCAGGCAUGCGCAAUAAACUGAAAGAGUUCCGGGAUGGGGGACGCCCCAUGCUGGGGCAGAGGGACAGGACUCUUGUGGUGCUGCUGAUCGCAAUGGUGCUGACAGUAACGGAAGUGCGGGCUUCCUGGGAUCAGAACCCUAUGGAAGUUCUAGGUGAUGUAAGGCAGCUGGAGGCGUCUAUGCACUCGGCGGUCUUGUCGGACCUACGUGAGGCAGAAGCAGCGGUUGUCUCCGUGUCGCAGCCCAGCGGCUUCCCAGACUCCUCAGCGGUGGUGGGCAGGGUGUUCCAAAUGGGGGUGCCCAUCAAAGCGAAGGACUCCAGGGAUGUAGUAAAGAUCACAGAAGCAAGCAAGGAUGUGCUCCCAGCAUGGUUGCAUUGGGAUGCAGAGAGUGGCACACUUCAAGGCCUUCCUCUAGAGACAGACAAGGGCGUUCACUACAUAUCUGUUUCUGUUUCCAAUGAAAGCCAAGUCUCCCAGAGCCCAGAUGUGUUCUCCAUUGAGGUGCACCCAGAGGAGCAUGCUGAUACAGACCCUUUUCAGCUUGCAAUCCAGCAAUCAGCCAGCAAUGAUGUCCAACCUUUCAUCUGUGGCAAUGAGGAGCCCGUUACUGUGCUUACCGUCAUUCUGGAUGCUGACCUCACAAAGAUGAGCUCAAAGCAGAGGGUAGAGCUACUUGCCAACAUGAAAAAGUUCUCUGGCAUGGGGCUUCAGCACAUGAAGAUUUUGCCAGUGGUCAACAACCGUUUGUUUGACAUGUCUGCUUUCAUGGCAGGACCAGGAAAUGCCAAGAAGGUGGUUGAAAACGGAGCCCUUUUGUCCUGGAAACUUGGCUGCAGUCUGGAUCAAAGCAGCAUUCCUGAUAUUAGUAGUGUUCAGGUUCCAGCAAAAGAGGGGACCAUGUCCGCACAGUUGGGGUAUCCAGUUGUUGGAUGGCAUAUCGCUAACAAAAAGCCCCAUGUACCCAAAAGGGUGCGAAGGCAGCUCAACAACACCCCCACUCCCAUUCCCUCAUUACUCCCCCCAACAGCUUACCCUGAGCCCCCCGUUCGUAUUGUUCCCACACCAACCUCUCCUUCUAUUGCUCCUACCUCAGAAAGUUCUGCCCCACCUGUUCGUGGUCCUAUGCCACUUCCUGUGAAACCUACCAUUCACAACAAAGAUCCUAUUGCCUACACUCCAACCUUAGGCCCCCCUCAACCAACACGUGUAAUGGAAACCACCAGCACUAUUGGCAUCCAGCCCACCAUGACCAGGCCUGUAUAUGUUGGAACCUCUGUGACCCCAGCAACACCCACCACCAGGACAAAACCGACAAAAAGACCUGGAAAGAAACCCAAGACAACACCAAUACCAAGAGAACCCAAAUCCACCACAACCAAGCCACCAAGACGCACCACUCCCGCGGUUAUUGUACUUGAUGGCAAUAUAAAACCCCAGCUGCGUAACCCAAUCGAUCAGGUGAAUGCCUACGUUGGCACCUACUUUGAGGUGAAGGUUCCAUCUGAUACAUUUUUCGACAAAGAGGAUGGAACUACAGAUAAGUUGAGGCUCACUUUGCGCAAGGGCAAUGAUGUAGUUGGGGAUGAUUCCUGGAUACAGUUCAAUAGCACAAGCCAGUUGCUGUAUGGAUUACCAGACCAGGAGCACGAAGGAAAACAUGAGUAUUUCAUGCAAGCAACUGACAAAGGAGGUCUUUAUGCAAUCGAUGCCUUUGAGGUCCGUGUAAAUCGAUGGGGAGCCAGUGUUAAGUCACCGGUGUUGUUUACUGCUGUGUUUGAGGGGGAUGCACGUACAGUCACCAAUGACAUUCACAAAAAGAUCCUUCUUGUCAAGAAACUGGCCCAGUCUUUCGGUGAUCGAAACAGCAGCACUGUUACACUGAAGAACAUCAUCAAGGGCUCCAUCAUAGUGGAAUGGACCAACAACAGCCUUCAGCAAAACCCCUGCCCAAAAGAGCAAAUACAGCUUUUGAGCAGAAAGAUCUCUGAUAAUGAGGGUAAACCCUCUAUACAAUUCACCAAACUCAUGGAACCCGACUUCAAGGCAUUAAAUAUCACUGUCAGGGGCACAGGAAGCUGCCGUAACUACAUGUUUGUACCGUUAGGUGAGAUCCCCGAUCCGACUCCAUCUCCUGUUACUCCUGCUGUGGGCGCGGGAAGACAGAGCACUGAUGAUGUUUAUCUUCACACCGUCAUACCGGCAGUGGUGGUUGCAGCCAUUUUGCUGAUUGCCGGAAUCAUUGCCAUGAUUUGCUAUCGCAAGAAGCGCAAGGGCAAGCUGACUAUAGAAGACCAAGCAACUUUCAUCAAGAAAGGAGUGCCCAUUAUUUUUGCGGAUGAGCUCGAUGACUCUAAGCCACCCCCCUCUUCCAGCAUGCCCCUUAUCCUUCAAGAGGAAAAGCCUCCGCUUCCUCCACCAGAGUAUCCCAACAUGGCUAGUCCAGAGACAACACCUCUGAACCAGGACCUUUUGGGAGAGUACACACCUCUACACGAUGAGGAUCCUAAUGCCCCUCCCUACCAGCCACCACCACCCUUCACUGUCCCAAUGGAGGGGAAAGGAUCCCGUCCUAAGAACAUGACCCCAUACAGAUCUCCACCCCCUUACGUGCCACCCUAAUGUUUGCUGAAACCUCUGGAGCAGGAGGAUGGGGAACUUUUGUAGUUCCACACCAGUGUUGUCUCUUUGCAUUAUGGGAUUUUUAGAA